AUGGUCAAGUUUAUCAAGCCCGGAAAGGUCGUCAUCCUCCUCGCUGGCCGAUACGCCGGACGAAAGGCCCUCAUUGUCAAACAACAGGACGAUGGUGUCCAGGACCGACAAUACGGCCACGCCCUCGUCGCCGGUAUCGCCCGAUACCCACGAAAAGUGACCAAGGACAUGGGCAAGAAGCGCAUCACCAAGCGAUGCCGAAUCAAGCCCUUUGUGAAGGUCGUCAACUACAACCACCUUAUGCCCACCCGAUACUCCGUCGAUGUUCCCCUCAACAAGUCUGUCGUCAACAAGGAGGGCAUCAAGGACAAGGCUGGCAAACGAAAGGCCAUCGAGUCCGUCAAGCUCCAGUUCGAGGAACGAUACAAGACCGGCAAGAACAAGUGGUUCUUCCAGAAGCUCCGAUUCUAA